AUGUACUUUCUGUUCUGUCAUUCUAUAUGUCUCCUUAGUGUCCUGUCCAUGUUGUCCAGUAUGUUAGAAGUAUCAGAGGCGUAUGAAAAUGUUGCCUUACACAAACCCGCAUUUCAAUUGCAUCCGUAUGACAAAAAUAAUAAAACAUUCGACGCAACUAAUGCAGUAGAUGGACUAAAGUCUGACUUAUCUUGGACUGGAGGUCAAUGUGCUGUAUCAGCUCUUGAAAAAGAAAUCGCCGCCUGGUGGGUAAACCUUGGCAGACUUCACAUCAUCCACCACAUCACCGUGUAUUUCAAGACAAAAAAUGCCAUUUGGGAUAACACAAACAACGCUACAUCCACCUUUCUAGGAUUUUCACUCUAUGUUUCCAACACAACAGAUAGAUUGCAAGGAAAAUUAUGUUUCAAGGAUAAUUACUUUAACAGAAGCACUAUUCCUGCAGUGUUUAGCACAAUAUGUUAUGUACAAGGACAAUAUGUCAUCUACUACAACGAGAGAUUGAAAGGGGUUACCUAUCCUAGCGAUUAUAAUUCAGAUGCUGAAAAUGAUUUAUGUGAAGUCGAGGUGUAUGGUUGUCCGGUACAAACGACUCAUUGCGAUGUGUUUGACGCAGUUGAAUGUGUCUGUCUGGCCUGUAAACCUGGUUACCAUGGUGACACGUGUAAAGGAGCAUCCUCAACUGAUGUCGAAGUUAAAAGCCAGACACCUGUACUGCAAGGUGUUAUAGCAUCCUCAACUGAUGUCGAAGUUAAAAGCCAGACACCUGUACUGCAAGGUCUAAUCGGUGGUCUCAGUGUCUCGAUUUUGAUCAUAGUUGUACUUAUUCUCCAUAUUGUACAGACAAGAGUUUCAAUGAGAAGGAACCAUCAAAUAUUGAAUGCAAUAGAAUUAAGAAAUGGCGCCAACUCAACAAACUCAUCUGUUACUGGAAGCAAUUAUACUGGGAAUAGUUACACUGAGUUCGGAUGGUCCAGGGAGACUGACUAG